AUGAGUACACCGGAAACCUCCAGAGAACCAUGCCCGGACAGGAUCUUGGACGACAUAGGUGGCGCUUUCGGCAUGGGCGCCGUCGGCGGCUCCGCUUUCCACUUUCUAAAAGGAGUCUACAACUCACCAACAGGCGAACGUUUCAUCGGCGGGACACAAGCCAUUCGUAUGAACGCACCACGUGUCGGUGGCAGCUUCGCCGUAUGGGGUGGUUUGUUCUCCUGCUUCGAUUGUACCAUGGUCUACGUACGCCAGAAGGAAGAUCCAUGGAACUCGAUUAUCUCCGGCGCCGCCACCGGAGGUUUCCUCCAGAUGCGCCAGGGUUUAGGCCCCGCCACUCGAUCUGCAGUUUUUGGGGGUGUUUUGUUAGCCCUAAUUGAAGGAGCUGGAAUCAUGCUUAAUAAGUUCCUUAGUGCACAACAGCCUCCACCGGUGAUGAUCGAAGAGCCACCAUCGCAACCACCUCAGAGUAUGCCUCUAGGGCUCCAGUUUCCUAAUCAGAGCCAUCCACCACCUGCUGAAUCAUCACCAUCAUCGACAUCGUGGUUUGGUGGGUUAUUUGGUGGCAAGCAAGAGGAGCCAAAGCAGAAGGUCAAAACUGAAGUUCUGGAGAGUUUUGAUUCGCCGGCGCCUCCUUCUUUUGAAUUCAAAUGA